CGAAACUUUUUAGUUUCCCAGUUUACUUUGCUGUCUCAGAAACUGUUUGAUUAAAGCGCUUCAUUCUGCUGUCUCACCGGAAUCAGAGCCGGCUGACUGAGCAAGAACCAAGAAACUGAUGAGGACUUACUAAUGGAAAUGGAUGAUAAUGGCCUACAGACCUCUCGCUGUGAUACAAGAUGGUCACAGCAACUGUCAGGCCUUCCUCACAAGCUCCUGCGGCGCCUGAUGCCUUUCCAAAGAGAGGGCGUCGAGUUUGCUUUAUCUAGGAAUGGACGAUGUAUGAUUGCUGAUGAGAUGGGUCUUGGGAAGACGGUGCAGGCCAUCGCGGUGGCGUACGCCUUCAGGCAGGAGUGGCCUCUCCUGGUGGUGGUGCCCUCGUCCCUGAAAUACCCCUGGAUCGAGGAGCUGGAGAGGUGGAUCCCCGAGCUGCAGCCUGGAGACGUCAACCUGGUGGAGAACAAGAGCCACACCAUGGGCAUCAGCAGCAGUAAGGUGACGGUGUUGGGUUAUGGGCUGCUCACCACAGAUGCGCGCCCCCUAGUGGAGGCUCUGACCAGGCAGCGGUUCGCCGUGGUCGUGGUGGACGAGUCACAUUACCUCAAGUCCAGGAAUGCGGCACGGACUAAGAUUCUGGUUCCCCUCGUUCAGAGCGCCAAGCGGGCCAUCCUGCUCACCGGCACCCCGGCCCUGGGUCGACCUGAGGAGCUGUUCAUGCAGAUCGAUGCCCUCUAUCCAAGGAGCUUUGGAACCUGGACCGACUACGCCAAGAAAUUCUGCAACGGCCAUUACAGGUACUUCGGGCGUCGGAGGCAGUGGGACUGUCGCGGGGCGUCCAACCUGGAGGAGCUGCACCAGCGGCUGAGCCAGAUCAUGAUCCGCCGUCUGAAGGCUGAGGUGCUCAGUCAGCUGCCCCCCAAAAUCCGCCAGCGUAUCCCCUUCGACCUGCCCAAGGAGGCUGCAAAGGAGGCCUCAGCCAGCUUCGCCGAGUGGGAGAGGCUGAUGAAGGGACUGGGGUCGGGGGUCGUCGCCACGGACAACCCCUUCACGGAGGUCAUGGGGCUGGUCACGCAGAUGUACAAGCAAACAGCUAUAGCCAAGGCGGGAGCUGUGAAGGACUACAUUAAGAUGAUGCUGGAAGCGGAGCAGCUGAAGUUCCUGGUGUUCGCCCACCACCUCACCAUGCUGCAGGCCUGCACCGAGGCCGUCAUCGAGGCCAAGGCCGGUUACAUCCGCAUCGACGGCAGCGUUCCAUCGUCGGAGAGAAUCCAGUUGGUCCACAAGUUUCAGAGUGACCCGGAAACCCGAGUGGCGAUCCUCAGCAUUCAGGCUGCCGGUCAGGGUUUGACCUUUACUGCUGCCAGCCAUGUGGUGUUUGCCGAGCUCUACUGGAACCCCGGUCACAUCAAGCAGGCUGAAGAUCGAGCCCACCGCAUCGGGCAGACCUCCUCCGUCAACGUGCACUACCUCAUCGCCAAGGGCACUUUUGACACCGUCAUGUGGUCCAUGAUCAACAGGAAGGAAACGGUGACCGGCAGCACUCUGAAUGGGAGGAAGGAAUACCUGAAGGCGGACGAGGGCGACAAGGACAAGUGGGACUUCCUCAACUUCGCCAACGCCUGGACGCCGAGUGAGAUGGUGCUGCCGCUGGAGGGAAACGCAGGAAACCAGAAUGACGACCUGUUCUUUAGUCAUUUUGAGAGGGACAAGCAGCACGAUAUCCGUUCCUUCUUCUCCCCGAGCGCCAGCAAGAAGAAGAGGAAGAGAACAGAAGAUGGAGAAACAUCUCCCUCCAUCUCCUCAGAGACAGCUGCUUCACCAGCUGCUGGCACUGGAACAAACUGUGAAAAAAGGGAGGAGAAAGGUGAAGAGUCCUGCUCCCAAUCCUCCGCCACACCCGACCAGGACUUCUCCCCCCAGCUGAAGAGGCUGCGGACGCAGAAGCCCAGCCCGAGCCCCAGUUCUCGAUUCAAGGGGACGAGGAGGUCGACAGCUGGGGGGAGCGGCUCCGGCAGCCCCGGCGCUCUGGUCUCCUUCAUGGCCCCGCGGAACCUGUCGGAGCCCAACCCUACGAUUGAGAAGUGGAGCUGUGGAGCCUGCACCUACUCCAACAACAGCCUGUUGCCUUACUGCGAGAUGUGCGAGUUCCCACGCCCUUCUUCUGCUGCCAUGUCAGAGCCACCCAGGCCUCAACAACCCCCCUCCUCCGAGAGGGACCAGGCGUGCGUCGUCCUCUCCGGCUCCGACAGCGAGCCAGAGCUCAGCCAGGGAAAAGCCCAGCCUCUAAAACCGUGCAAAGACAAACAGAUCGAGGAGGAGGAGGAGGAGGAGGAGGAGAAGGAGAAGGGGGAGGAUGAGCCUCCGAAAGACAAACAGAAACUAGGAGAAGCAGAGGAGGAGGACAAGCGGCGGCUCAAAGGCAAACAAUCAGCGGGAGAGCGAGGCGACAACGUUUCUGGCGGUGGCGGCUGCCUUCCCUCUGACCACACACAGGACCGGAGAGCUGCAGCGUGUUUGUCUUCCACUGCUGAUGCUAAUGACGAUGAUGAGGACAAUGAUGGUGAUGACGCCAGCACUACCCAUCCUGUCUACCCGGGCCUGCAGUUCUGCGCCAGCCAGUACACAGACCGAAUAUAUCUUUACUCCAAGGAUGGUGCUGCGUUGAACUUGAGCUUCGUCCCUCUGGACAUCAAGCUAACCAACUGGGACGACCUGCCCGAGGCCUUCAGCCGGCGCCGGGAAAAUCGAAUACAGGUGUUGAGGUUCGUUCAGGAGUGGAGCAGCCUGGCAGCCAUGAAGAAGAAACUGCUUCGUCGCAGCGGCCUCCUCUUCCACAGCCCCACUCUCGGCUUGCAGCAGCUGGCCUCUGCCCAGCGACCUCACUCGAGCACCAAGAGGUACCUCAGCAGAGACGAAGUAGCCCAGGCCUCCCUGAGCAAGGUCCAGCAGGAGGGGGGCAGCGUCCGACUGGUCGCUAAGGAAAAGUUCUUCACAAAGAGGAGGUCUGCCUCUUCAUUAACACCACCUGCUUCAGAGAGGCAGGACAAGGAGGACUGUAAGACAGUGGAGGAGCAGCCAUCAGCACAGGCUGGUUACCUGCAGGCUGUGGACACUGAAGGUGUCCCCCUGUGUCUGUCCUGCCAGCAGGCCUGCUCCUCCACCGGUGGGGCCUGGGACACUCGAUUCUGCAGCCACAGGUGCCAGGAGGAGUUCCAGCUGCGCUCCAGCCAAACGUACAUGCGCUCUCGGGUGCUGGAGACGGAGCAGGGGAUCUGUCAGCACUGCGGCCUCCACGCCCACGACCUGUUCCUGAGGGUCCGCGACGCUCUGCCCUCCCAGCGCAAGGAGAUGCUGGAGAACACCUGGCUCGCCCAGCUGUCACUCAAACAGCUGAAUGAAAUGAUCCGCGCUCCGGUCGAAGGGGAUUUCUGGCAGGUCGACCACAUCCGGCCGGUCUACAGCGGAGGCGGGCAGUGCUCUCUGGACAACCUGCAGACGCUCUGCACCGUCUGCCACAAAGCCAGGACGGCUCAGCAAGCCAAAGAACGGAACAGGAUGAGGAAGAGUGCCGCUGCCUCCAAGGUUGCGUCAGACAUCAGUAGGUUCUUCAUCAGGAAAUGAGACGACACAAAGGUUUAGUAAGGGUUGUAAAAGUGUUAAAUCUCCUGAAUCAAAUUGUUGACAUGAUUUCUGACAGUCUGGACGAGGAUGCAUCAUGAGUCAAACCUCACAUUAAGGUAUCACAAAUGCCAUUCACUGUGACAGAUUAGGAUAAAAGGCCAGCUUUUCUUUGAGUCGCCUCGUCGUCUUCUUCUACUUCUUCUUCCUCACUUUCCGAUGAUAUCGCCUCCGUCCUGCUGGACUCCGCUGCGGGGGGGAAAGCUGUCGCGGCGGAGAUUUACCUUAAAAUAAUAAAAAAAAAAAAACAAGUGACGACUACAUCAAAUGCAAAUUCAGCCAGCUCCUCUCUCGUCCCCGAACCGUCACAAGUGCGGUAGUUUUUUGAUUUAUGACGGCCCCCUUUUUUUGCUCGAGGCUGAAAUGGAGCAGGUUGUUUGGAAAGAUGCUGCUAUUUUAAGAUUUUGCAAACUUGGUGGAAAGUAGCAGGUGAGAGACGAAGCGGGGGCUUUGUGAUUAAAAACUCCACGGCAGAAAGCACAACCAAGUGUCCUCAAUGACAACAAGUAGCACCUUGUGAUUUCCUCCACCUUUGGAUGAUAGAUGAAUGC